CAGCACGUUUUUUUUCUUCACUUGUUCUAUUUCAAUUAAAAACACAGACAAUUUUCCAAUAUGGGUAAACAAUUUAAUAAAAGAUUUAACAAUCAUCAAAGGAAACCUUAUCAAAAGUCGGACAAUAAAAGACCUUUUAAUAACCGGAACCACCGUAACGACGGUUUUGCCAACAAAAAGAAGCCGGUGUUUACGAUUAAAGACAAUUUGAGGGAAGAUCAAGUUGGUAUAACGGAAUAUGUCAAUAAAGGUGAAGGAUUUAUGGGCAUAUUAAAAUCGCGCUUCUCUGAUUUCCAUGUCAAUGAAAUCGAUUUAAGUGGUCAAGUCUUGCAGUUAAAUGAUUUAAAGAUACCAGAACAAAAAGAAGACGAGUUAAGUACGGAAGAAGUAAAUUUAGCUAGAGAAGAACUCAAAAAUGUUAUUAAUGAAGAUGUUUGGAAUAAAAUCACCGCACUUAAAGAAGCCAAACAUGAUAACAGUAAGAAACCGGAAGAUUCUGCAAUAUAUAUCGAUGUUACUGAGUUGGAUAAGGAGCAACGCACUCAAAUUCACAGAGUGGUAAAGAAGCUGUAUGAAAACAAAUUGGUGAGCUCAACUGUUGGCGGUGAACAAGCCGGGAGCGAGGAUGUCGAUAAGAAAUUCAUACGUGUCAUGAAAUCAAAGGGUAGAGAUCGCAAUAAAUGGACAUUUCCUGAGGAAUAUGUGCACUUUUUAGUGCACAAGGAGAAUCUGGAUACCAGUGAAGUGGCAGCAUCAAUUGCCAAUAAAUUGAAUUUAAGACCAUCUCAAGUUAAUUAUUGUGGAACUAAAGACAGAAGAGCUAAAACUACACAAAAGUUUUGCAUUAAAAAACGUACUCCACGUCAAAUUGUGGGUACGGUAAAAUUUUUGAAUGGCGUCACCAUUGGCAACUUUGAAUUUAACAAAAAUGUCUUAAAAUUGGGUGAUCUGAAGGGAAAUCGUUUUCGCAUUGCUCUAAGACACUUGACCGGUGAGAGACAGCUUAUAGAAACUUCAUUAAAGAAUGUUAAAGAGCAGGGUUUUAUUAACUAUUUUGGCCUACAAAGAUUUGGCAACUGUUCUACAAUACCCACCUAUGAAAUUGGCGUAGCUUUAUUAAAAGCUGACUAUAAAUUGGCCUGCGAGUUAAUAUUGAAACCUCGUGAAAAUGAUGUGCCAUUUUUGAAAAGUAUUCGGGAAGCGUGGUGGAAAAACCGCGAUUCUAAGGCGGCCGCUGCACAAUUCCGUAGUGAUAGAUUUAUUGAAAAGAAAUUAUUGGAUGGUUUGGCCCAAUACGGAGAAAACGAUUAUGCCGCCGCUUUAAGAAAGAUACCCCGCAAUAUGUUACUAUUAUAUCCUCAUGCUUUCCAAAGUUUGAUCUUUAACAAUAUGGCUUCAAGGCGUGUAAAAGAGUUUGGACUUAACCUAAUGCCAGGAGAUUUGGUUUAUCGUAAUAAAGAUGAUUUGGAUGUAGACAUGGAAUCAACGGAAUUGACAGAACAAGGAGAUGAUAAUGAGGAAAAAGAAACAGAGGAAGAAAAUGAAAACGAAAACGAAACAUCUCCAACAGUAAAUGCAGAAAGUUCUGAAUCUAUUUUUAAACGCAAAGUAAAACCAUUAACCGCAGAAGACAUAGCUAGUGGUGUUUAUACCAUCUACGAUGUGGUAUUACCUUUACCCGGUCAUGAUAUCACCUAUCCCGAAAAUGACGUUGCCACUUGGUACAAAGAAUCAUUGGAAAAGUAUGAUCUAUCUUCAGAGAAAUUAAAACAUAACGUGAAAACAUUUGCCAUGGCAGGUGCUUACCGUAAAUUGGUAAUAAAGCCUACCGACAUGUCUUGGGAAUUUAGAUCUUACUCAACACCAGAAGAAACCUUAAUUUUAUCCGAUUUUGAGUUGUUUAAGGGCAAAAAAGUUGAAGAUUUCAAAGUUGAGGGAAAUGAAACCAAAUAUGAUGCAUUACUAUUAGAUUUCUGUCUGCCGCCAGCAGCUUAUGCUACCAUGAUGUUAAGGGAAUUACUGAAAUGUGAUACCUCCGCAGCGGCUCAAACAAUUCUACAGCAGGCAGCUUUAAAGGAUACCACAACUGACGACUCAACUGAGCAGGAAGCACAACAAGUUGAUUUAAAUAAGGAUUUAUCUGCUGAAGAAAAUAAGGAUGCCGAUCAAGCCGAAACAUCACCGGCUGCUGGUGAAAAACGUAAAGCCAGUGACAAUGAGGAUGCAGAUGAUUCACAAAAACCAGCAAAGCUUUUAAAAGACAAUGAAGCAAUAAAUGAAUAGUUAUGAAUUUGUAUAAAUACCUACAUACAAAACAAAAUUUAUUAUACUGGAUAAGUUUUAUCAAUAAAAUUAAUUGCGAUACAUUUUCUUUUUUAGUGCUCAAAUAAAAUUCAUUUUUAUAAUCUAAUACAAAAUUAACAAAUGUAAUUAA